AUGGCCUCCAAGCUCAAGGUGGAAAACUGGGAUGUGCUGGACUGGCGACAGCAGCCACGGCGCCCGUUCAAGAGAUCCUUCCUCCCCUUUGAUCCGGACGCGGUGGAGAGUUCUGGAGGCGUAGCCAAGGUCGCCAAGAGGCGACGGAGCCUCGGAAUCGAGUCCAUAGAAGAUCCUGCCGGGGAGGAUACCACUGUGCCACCACUGCAGAACUUCCGGGACCUGAAGGAUACUCUACCUGAGUGGCUGCUGCAGGCGUUGCAGAACCAGCCGCCCAGCCCGCUUCAGGCACAGCUGCUUCCCAUCGUGCUGGCAGGCUCAAAUGCCGUUGCUGUGGCAAGCGACAUCCCUGCUGGCCAGGAGGCUCUUUCCUACUUGGUGAUGGCGGCCAUGCAGGCCGGCGACCAGCACAAGCUCAGCGAGGAGGAGCCAGGCCCCAUCGCCCUGGUCCUCACAGCGACACAGGACUCUGCAGCUUCUGUCGCGACUUGUGCCAUGGGCUUGCUCCGGUCAUCAGGCCGUGGUGGGAAGACUUUGCGUGCUGUGAACCUAUCAGGUGGUGGUUCGCGUGCCGACAAACUGCGCGAGAUGACAUCGUGUGGAUCGCACAUCGUCAUUGGCACACCGAAAAGGAUCCACGACCUUGCCAGCAAAUACCAGGUGUGCCUUCUCAGGGUGACGCUUCUUGUGCUGGAUGGCGUGGACCGCAUGAGAAGUCUGGACCAUCUUCCGGAGAUCCGGGACCUCGCGACCUGGACACGGCCAGAGCGGCAGACGCUCCUCCUUUCGAGGGCAUGGGGGCCGGAGCUUCAAGAAUUAGCGUCCGAACUUUGCCUUCCGGGUGGAGAGCCAGCUGGGCCCCAAAGGCUUGAGGCCACUGGAGUGGCAGAGUUCUCCAUGAGCCUGAACAGGAAUGACAUUGGAGAUGUCGGGGUGACGCACCUUGCUGAAGGAUUGAAGAAGCAGCGGGCUCUCAAUUCGCAGUUCGAAGGCAAACAAUUGGCGUGUGUGGUGGAGCUGGAUCUGUCUUGUAAUCCAGUUCGUGAUCAGGGUGCGCAGGCUUUGGCCAAUGCCGCCAUGGCUUGCUUGGGCUCAGACAGCGUCCGCUUCGAGGCUCUCUGGGGUGUGGAGGAGGUCUUCCUGUGGGACACAGGCAUCACUGACCGGGGCCGCGAUGCACUUCAGGGUGCGGUGGCUUCCCGUGCCACCCUUGCCAUGGAAGCAGCCCUGGCAUUGCGGAAGAGCGAUGAACUCAUCGAGAAGGUUCGAGUGAAGCGUCGUCGACGUCCCAAAGCUUUGCAGGUCCAUGGGCUGGAGCUCAAAGAUCCUAUUGCGGAGCAGCUGCGGAGCGAUGCCGACACUGAGCUUCAGGUGCCCAUGGUCACUGCGCUAGGCGUCUUGGAGCUAUCGUAG